CCGUGGAUCAUGAACAACGACCCCGCCAGCUACGACCACCAGGCGCUGCUGCAGCAGGCCGACGACAUGAAGCGCCAGCUCCUGAGCAGCUGCAGCCCCACGAUCAACCUGGCCUCGACGUCCACGUCCACGAUCGCCAGCACGCCGCUGCUGCCGUCGUUCGGCAGCAUCAGCCCGGCCAACACGACGCCCGCCACGCGGUUCCCGGCCGUCGGCGGCGGCAGCUCCCUCCUGGCCCCGCUCAAGCUCGAGUACUGCAAGUUCCAGGGCUGCGCCAACUUCGGCAAGAUGCAGGGCUACUGCCACGACCACAUCCACGGCCGGCCGGCCACCCACCAGACGCAGCUCCAGUCGCCGCCGCAGGCCCCGUUCGCGCCGACCAACCCGCUGCCGAGCCUCGUGCUCCCGAGCCAGCAGCCCCAGUAUCUACCGGCCCUGCGGACGGUGGUGCCCACCCGGUCACGUUCUCCGAUCCGCCAGUCGGUCUCAGUCUCGGCCUACCCGAGCUACGACAGCUCGGUGCAGCCCGGUAGUCCGCUCUACACUACGACGACGCCCGUGGCCUACACCAAGCGGUCCCCGAUCUACACCGAGCACACGACGUUCCUGUCCGCCCCGCUGAGCAAGAAGCCGCGCGUGGUGGCCAGCCCCACGCCCUCCACCGGCAGCACCGGCAGCUCCAAGCCCGUGGCCAAGUGCCGCCGCGACGGCUGCCUCAACGACGCCAGACGCAAGGGCCUCUGCAUGGAGCACGGCGGCCGCCACUUCUGCAAGAUGGCUGGCUGCCAGAAGUGUGCGCACCGCGGCGGCUUCUGCAUCUCGCACGGCGGCGGCCGGCGCUGCGCCGUCGCCAACUGCACCAAGAGCGCGCAGUCCGGCGGCAUCUGCUACUCGCACGGAGGCGGCAAGCGCUGCGCCACCGAGGGCUGCACGCACGCGGCUCGCAGCGGCGGCUUCUGCAUCAAGCACGGCAAGCAACAGCAGCAGCUCCAG